GUCAUGGUGACAAUUGUGACGGCAGAGGUGGAAAUGACUUUUCAGAAUUGGGUAGACGCUCCACUUUACCACUGCAGAUCGGAAGUAAAGCUCCGUGGGAUGAUCUAGAGAUUUCGAAAAGAAGUUUUUGUAAUGCAGAAUCGUGAAUUUAUUUGUAAUGUAUAAUUUUUCGGAACGGUAGGAAUAACGUCUUAAGGCAUUGAAAAUAACUUUAUAAUGAAGCCCUUUGGAACUAGGUAGACGGUGUCUAUCUGGGUCAACCCCCACUUCCGGCCCUGCUCAGCAGCGAAUAACAACGGAGGGUCUGAAAUUCCAGGGCGUACCUGAGCGCUGUUAUAAAGGAGUAUAUCUGCAUGCUGAAGAAUAAGCACAUGUGCAAGUCAUUUGCUGUAUCUGAGCAUUACUGGAACUGAUUGCUUCUUUGUGGAAAAUGAUUCCAAUGACCACCAACAAACAACAAAACUGAACUGUGGGGUCACUACUGAACUUCAAGCAUCUUCACCCAAAUGUCUACGUGGUAUUUCAUGACAGUGUUAUAUUCUGUUUUCCUACUACAGUGGCAUUCCAUACCAGAAAUGUGCUGCAUAUACGCCACAUUUCCUCUACAGCUGCAUUUAAGAGAUCACAUAUGAUCAAAACUAAUCACGUUUCCUGUACUUCUAACUACUAGCACGAUGAAAACCAGAAAUAUAAGAAAAACAUAUGAGCUACUCAAGACAAGCUGGACUUACCAGACACAGGAGUACUUCAACAACAGCACACUGCAUGGCGUGCAGUACAUCAGAGAGGAGGGCAGGCCAUUCUAUGAAAAGUUCAUGUGGUUCUGCUUCACAUCAGUUGGAGGAGUCGUGAGUCUGAUCAUCAUAGCUUCACUGUGGGAAAAAUUCCAGACAAACCCAACAAUCACAGGUCUUGACACGGACUUUCACAACUGGGAUGUACCAUUUCCUACAGUGUCACUGUGCCCCAAUGAUCCAGUUAACAACACUGCAAUCACAGAAUACAUAGAACAGACUUGGCCAAAUGCUCCGGGUGAAAGGAAAUCUGUUUAUAAGGAAUUUAUUACAGAACUGGCAAACAACUGCUAUAAUAACCUCAAACAGUUUCUGAUGUUUGAAGGUAAUAAGGCUGGCAAUUUACCAAGUGUAAAUUAUCACGAUAUCAUUGAAAAGGUGGUAAUUAAAUGUGAAAAGUAUUUUAGUAAAUGCUACUUCAAGGGAGAAGCUGUUGACUGCUGUGAAAUAUUUAAACCACUGUUGACUGAGGUUGGGUUCUGUCUGUCAUUCAACUCUAUGUACGCUGGAGGAACAAAGGGUAAGAAUUCAUCAGGAAUGAAAUUCAAAUUAGAACAUAUCUAUGAAACAGACAGCAAGUGGAGCCUGAGAAUGCUAAUAGAAAAUGGAGAUAUGAAAGAUAACACUCUUAAGCCUGUAAGGGUGUAUCUUCACAGCGCAGAAGAUAUUCCUAUAACUGAUGUUAGCCCCCAACAUGUUUGGGACAGGAAGAUUAAGAAGAUAGCCUUUGAUUCAAAACAAACUUAUACAACAGAAGGUGCCCGGCAACUCUCUAUUAAACAAAGAAAAUGCGUUUUUGAAGAUGAAAUAAAACUGUUAACCAGUGAUACCUACACAUAUCAUUCAUGCAUGAUUCAAUGUCGCAUGAAAAUUGCAAGGGACCUCUGUAAAUGUGUUCCAUUCUUCUACCAGAUAAUAGAUGGCUUCAACUCCUGUGACCUCCAGGGGCUACAAUGUCUAGGAAAACAUAAAGAUGAAAUUCGGCUGAUAAAAUGUCCUUGUGAGCUGGGAUGUAGCAAUACUGUGUAUGAAGUGGACAAGCUAGUUGGGGAAGAGAAUACAGACAUGACUAAAUAUCUGGAAGUUGCAUUCGUAUCCUGGCCUAUGGUACGUUACAAGAGAGAAGUCCUGUUUGGUUGGGUUGAUCUCCUGGGUUCAGGGACAGCUUGCUUGAAAAAUGUUACUGAAGACCUGAACAGCUUUUAUAGCAAUAUGUUUCAGUAUCUGCAAAAAAGAUAUGAUGUGACAGAUGACAAUCCCUAUGCAUCCCUUGCAGCAUUUUCUCUACAGGAAGGGAUUGAGUUCAAAGAUUUUGAAAAAGCCAUAGAAGUGUUUCAGCUAAGCGAAAAUGUUUGCAUUGAUGACUUGUACGAGGAGUUCAGCAGCCAUUGA